UUGAAACAGGCGUCAAGAGGGCCUCUACACAAGGCUGCUAUCAGUGGACAAUAUGAGACGGUCAAAAUGCUUCUUGAAAGUGGUGAAGAUGUGGAUCAAAGAGAUCAGGUUUUAGUCAUCUUCUUGUAACUUUAUUUUUUAGCCGGAGCUCUUGCCUUCACUUCGUUCAUGGAUUCUCGAAUUCUUUUCCGGUUUUGGCUGUGAAGGAUUGAGGUUUCGCUAAGGCUUCUGCGUGGAGUCAUAUAGCAGCUGCUCGGUAGAGAGGUCGCCAAUGAAGCGUUUCCCUGACCCCAAACAAUUCUCUAACAAUUGAAAGAAUGACAUGUCAUUGUUUCCUGCGACCAAUCAGAAGCCAUCUCUCUUCCGAGCAGCUGCUACACUACCCUCCGCGCAGGGUGGUUUGAGAGGGUGGGAAGGAGAAUUGGAAAAGAGAGCGUACACGAAAGCUUUUGAUUGGUUUGUCACGACAGGUACCAUUAUUGCCAAAUGACAGUUAUGAACGGAUGUAUCUUCGGAUUCUCUUUCAUUACCUGUAUCCUUAAACUAGGCUCGAAACAUUCCUCUCGAGAAGACUUAACUAAAACAGGGAACGACCUCGGGGGACAGAAAAAAAGGAAAAAAUUAGACUCAAACAUUGCUUCCAUAUUUCAUUUUGCAGUUCUCCUCCCCAUCUUUCGUUUUACUAAAGAUUUUGGGCAAUUUUUAUUUGGUUCUGCGUAUGAAGAACGUGAUAUUAAAGUUUGCAACUUUGUAACUUUUGAAUUUGAUUUGUUUGAACCCAAAUGCCUAAACUGAGGCUUGCCUAAAAAAGGUAGAAAAGGGGUCGCGUGGGUGAUUCGAUGGGGCUGAUUCUUGACACUGACAGUCAUUCUGACAACUUCUGCGCUAUUCAAAAAAAAAGGUCUAAUUACGACUUCCACACAGAUUAUUGAAACAUCGGUUACUUUCCCCAACAAUCCUGUUCAGAACUACAACCACCCGGACGGUCACUUUCAGUCCACUUAAAUAUAAAUUUGUGUUAUUUAAAAGUUAUAGAGUUUUAGAUUUUGUUUGAACUUGUAAGACCUUUUUCUUCCCUGCUCUUUAAACCUUAUCUAACUACGUUGUACUUUUUUGGUAGUUUUCUUUGACUCCUCUACAUCUUGCCUGUUGGUACGGACAGAAAACUGUUGUCGAUCUGUUGUUGAAACAUGGUGCAAACGUCAACGCUGAAGACAAGGUGACUUAGUGAUUUUGUUUAACUUAAACAAUUAUUUAUUGCCGUAAGGAAGGCCUGGCAAAAGAAAGUUUUUGUUUGCCUAGUAUUAUUCACUAAGAAUCUAAUUUGGUACUUAGUAAGUGGCAAGUAACACGUACUUGUUCUGCUUAAUUUUUUUUUUUAGUUUCAACGUACACCUCUGCAAAAAGCUGAACGACAAGAACACCACUCCAUAGUGCAGUUGCUGUUGAAAAAUGAUGCCAAGCCAAGUCUUCAUCAACCAGUAAGAUAUCAGAUUGUAUAUGUAUGUCCUUCUUAUCGAUCGAACUUUCUAUCAGACGAAGGUCUCUCUACGGAUUAUGUUACAGUAGAACCUAUACGUAAUCGGAUGAAAUUUUUCUUCGCUGCUAUUUCAGAUACCUUACAUUUCUUCUUGUCUGCACUAACAUUAAGUUUAUAAAGUCGGUUGCGUCCGUCUGGACAUCAUUGUACUGUUGAACCUCCAUUAAGCCGCCACCAGCGGGGUACUGGGAAGUGGCCACUUAACGGAGACUGGCCGCUCAACAGAGGUUCGUCACAUGUUAGCAGACUCUUUAGCAGAAACAUAACUUUAUUUACACGCGAUUGAAGCAGCAAUACUGGUCCACAAUCAGUUGUCACAUGAUAUCUCGGACUGUAUCAUCCUUCAUCAAUUUUUUUAAAAAAAAUUGUGAAGCCAAACUAUCAAGUAUCAAGCGCAAAAUGGUGGCCGCAGUCACUUUUCUACAAUUACUUCAAGACUUUGAUUACUGGUCGCUAGGUUCAACUGUACAUUUCAUUUCUGAGUAAUUAUUGACGCUUACCGAAUUUAUUCGGAUGAUAAAUGUCUAUUGUUAUGGUGCUGCUACUUGUACAAAAAAAGCGCUUUAAUAAUGCUUUUUCUGACGGUAUCCUGUGCUAUUGAAGUCGUUGGUACAGGAACCCGCAAGCGUUUUCCAAAUUUGGUUAACGUUUGCUGAUUAGCUGGGGGAUUUGAGCCAAUCAGAAAUGGAGAUUUAUUCUGAAUGAAUAAUAAUUAACAGUUAUGAGGCUGAGUGUCAUCAGAAGGAUUAUGGAGAUCGAGGAGGGUGUUAUCCGCCGAGGCCGAUUAGUGUAACCCCGUUGAUCGAUUAUGUGCAUCUAUAAUUCGAUGUAACAAUACUGUAAAUAAUUAUCUCCUUACAGGUCAGUCUGAAAAAAAUCUCUAGAAAAGCUUUCCUGCAAGUGGAUGAAAAAUCUGGAUUUAAUAUGCUCCAGGCGGCUGUCUUAGAGGGAAAAUAUGACAUUGUUUUAAAAGCUACUGGCCUUCUUGAGAACUUUUUAGAACAGAUGGAAUAUACAAAAACUGGAAAUAACGCCAAAGGAUUUCCAGAUAAAAGUGCAAUUGACAUCCUAUCAUUUGUGAAGGGAACAAAAUCAGAUCAUUAUAGUAUCGAAAGACUUUAUAAAACAUUGGCUGAGAACAACAGCAGACUAACUGAGUCGCAGUGGGGUACAUGCAAUGAUGAUGCGGAACAAGCACUUGAACUUGUAUUAAAUGACAGUGUAGAUAUUAAUGCCUCAGGAUCAGACAAUGAUUGGACAGCUUUGCUGAGGGCGAGUCGUUCAUCCUCAAGUCAGUUCAUUGAGACCCUCAUUGAUCUUGGGGCCGACGUUAAUGCCCAAAGGAGAGUAAGCAAAGAAACACCACUAAUGUUAGCAGCUGACUGGAACAACUACAUGGCAGCUUGCUUAAUUGUAAGGCAUGGAGCUGAUGUUAAUGUCAAAUUUAGUAAUGGGUUUACGCCACUGCACGCUUCUGUCAAUGCAGGUAAUGAAAACAUCGCCGGAUUGUUACUUAAACAGAACACAAAUGUAAAUAUUCAAGAUAAAGAUGGAUAUACACCCUUGUACUGGUGUGCCUUUGAGGGGAGCGAAAGCCUCCGUAGAUUGUUACUUGAACAUAACGCGGAUGUAAAUAUUCAAGAUAGAUGGGGAUAUACACCCUUGCACGAUUGUGCCUUAGAGGAUAACGAAAACCUCUUGAGAUUGUUACUUGAACACAACGCGGAUGUAAAUAUUCAAGAUAAAGAUGGAUACACACCCUUGCACCGGUGUGCCUUAAAAGGCAACGAAAACAUCUGUAGAUUGUUACUUGAACACAACGCGAAUGUAAAUAUUCAAGAUAAUUAUGGAUAUACACCCUUGCACUGGUUUGCCUUUGAGGGGAACGAAAACCUCAGUAGACUCUUACUUGAACAGAACGCAGAAGUAAAUAUUCGACAUAAUGAUGGAUGUACAAUCUUGCUCUGGUGUGCCAGAGAGGGUAACGAAAACCUCUGUAGAUUGUUACUUGAACACAACGCGGAUGUAAAUAUUCAAGAUAAUGAUGGAGUUACACCCUUGCACUGGAGUGCUAGACAGGGUAACGAAAACCUCUGUAGAUUAUUACUUAAACACAACGGAGAAGUAAAUAUUCAAGAUAAUGAUGGAUGUACACCCUUGCACUGGUGUGCCUUAAAAGGGAACGAAAACAUCUGUAGAUUGUUACUUGAACACAACGCGGAUAUAAAUAUUAAAGAUAAUGAUGGAUAUACACCCUUGCACUGGUUUGCCGUAGAGGGGAACGAAAACCUCAGUAGACUGUUACUUGAGCACAACGCGAAUGUAAAUAUUCAAGAUAAUGAUAGAGUUGCACCCUUGCACUGGAGUGCUAGAAAGGGCAACGAAAACCUCAGUAGGCUGUUACUUGAGCACAACGUGGAUGUAAAUAUUCAAGAUGAUGAUGGAGUUACACCCUUGCACUGGAGUGCUAGAAAGGGUAACGAAAACCUCAGUAGACUGUUACUUGAACACAACGCGGAUGUAAAUAUUCAAGAUACAUGGGGAUAUACACCCUUGCACUUGUGUGCCAGAAAGGGUAACGAAAACCUCAGUAGACUGUUACUUGAGCACAACGUGGAUGUAAAUAUUCAAGAUAAUGAUGGAGUUACACCCUUGCACUGGAGUGCUAGAAAGGGUAACGAAAACCUCAGUAGACUGUUACUUGAACACAACGCGGAUGUAAAUAUUCAAGAUACAUGGGGAUAUACACCCUUGCACUUGUGUGCCAGAAAGGGUAACGAAAACCUCAGUAGACUGUUACUUGAGCACAACGCGGAUGUAAAUAUUCAAGAUGGUGAUGGAGUUACACCCUUGCACUGGAGUGCUAGAAAGGGUAACGAAAACCUCAGUAGACUGUUACUUGAACACAACGCGGAUGUAAAUAUUCAAGAUACAUGGGGAUAUACACCCUUGCACUUGUGUGCCAGAAAGGGUAACGAAAACCUCAGUAGACUGUUACUUGAGCACAACGCGGAUGUAAAUAUUCAAGAUGGUGAUGGAGUUACACCCUUGCACUGGAGUGCUAGAAAGGGUAACGAAAACCUCAGUAGACUGUUACUUGAGCACAACGCGGAUGUAAAUAUUCAAGAUGGUGAUGGAGGUACACCCUUGCAGAGGAGUGCUAGAAAGGGUAACGAAAACCUCAGUAGACUUUUACUUGAACACAACGCGGAUGUAAAUAUUCAAGAUGAUGAUGGAGUUACACCCUUGUACUGGAGUGCUAGAAAGGGUAACGAAAACCUCAGUAGACUGUUACUUGAGCACAACGCGGAUGUAAAUAUUCAAGAUACAUGGGGAUAUACACCCUUGCACUUGUGUGCCAGAAAGGGUAACGAAAACCUCAGUAGACUGUUACUUGAGCACAACGCGGAUGCAAAUAUUCAAGGUUACGAUGGACGUACACCGCUGCACCUGUCAGCUCGUGGAAACAAUGAUUGCAGUAAGAUAAUC